AUGAACGUCAUUAUGCGAUCAAAGGAUCAACAAUCGAUCCCCUCCAUGGAUACGCUUUGGCUGGGCACAUUAUCUCUCAGGGAUCAAGGUAUCUCAGGUAACUUCUGGGCGUGGACCGGUGUUCGUUCUUCACGUUGGUGGCAUUUAUUCUCUCCAGUGCCGGUAGCCAACUACCUUGCUAGCUGA